UAAUCCCGAUGCGGAUGGUCCCGUUUUGACUGAGCAGAGAAAGAGAUACCUCUCGAUUCCUCAAAUCGGAACGCCGCCUCCCGUCGCGUCCGCCGUCGCUCCCUCGUCCGCCGAACACCGCCGGCCGCCGGCGCUUCGACCAUCGUCCUCCCGCCGGUUCGCCCCGAUCCGUCUUUCGGCUCGUGUAUCAGGAAUUCUGGUACCGGAGAACUUGAACUGAACACGUUGGAGUUUGAACCGAGUUGAAUUUGGCUGGAUUUUAGUCCCAGCAACAGACUUGACUCGCAGUCUCGGAAGCUCCAUGGGAGAAGGGGAGGCAACAGGAAGCAUUGAAAUUGCUGGUCAGAAUCAGCAUAAGGAUGAAGGAGGAGAAGUUGGAUUUGAAGCAAAGGAUCAGAACCUUAAUAUUUUGGAAUUCCUGGAUUCAUUGGACAGCUACCUGAUCCUUAUGGAUUCUUUAUCCUCGACACUUCGCCAGGGGUGGUUCGAAUUGGCUGGUGCUCGACAUUCCAUGGGUGCUUCACGAAUCAAUAGUGCUUUAUUGGACCUGAAGAACCAUUCUGCUGCUACACACUUGCAUGCGAACCAUCAUGACUUUGAAUCCAGUGCGAGAGAGCCUCUCUUUCGCUUGUGUAAGUGGGCCUCAUCUGUCGAUACCCGAGAAUGUUGCUCUAGUGGAGAUGAAAUUGGCAAGGAAAAACUGCAGGAGAAAUUUGAUGGUACACAGUUACGACGACGUGGCACUGCUCCAUCUUCUGAAUUGCAGGAGAAAGUAUCGAAAGAUGGGGUUUCUCAACCGGUAGUUAACAACAUGGUCCAGAAGGAGCGAGCCAAAUCACUCUCUGUGUUUGGAACUCUAGUAUCCCCGAAGCUUCGAGCUGCUCAAUUUUCAUUUGAAACAGCAUUGGAGACACUUGUACAGAUAGCAAACAUGCGUUCAUCUAUGCUAUCCGCAUUUGAUGAAGUCAAGAAAGAGUUGGAUGUAAUGAAGCCAUGACUUGUUGACCGCUUAGCCUCUUAUGGUAUAUGAGUGAGAUACUCCACGUGCAUAUACAGAGAACACCAUCCUUGAGGAAGAGCACAGGACGAUUGUUCCCAUUUAAGCUUUACCUCGAAUCAAGUUGGGAUCAUGUAAUGGGGUUACCAACUUUUAUUUGAGUUAGUUACCAAUGUUUAUUUGAUUUUU